CUGCGCCUACUCCUUGACCAUAAUGCCGAUGUCAACGCUCAGGCUGGGGACUAUGGCUUCGUUCUUACAUCAGCGUGUCUUCGCGCACCGAGGCAUAUCAGUCGCGAGAUUGUACAGUGCCUACUCGAUAACGGCGCGAAGGUGAACGUUCGCGGAGGUAGAUAUGGUACUGCCCUCUGCGCUGCGUCUACUUGUGGUGAUGUGGGAGUGGUAGAGAUGCUUAUCCGAGCGGGUGCUGAUGUUAACGAUGCUGGCGAUAAGCAUGGCGAUGCACUC